AUGGCACCAUGUGGCUCAAUUGAUGGAGGUAGAUUUCUGAGGGACGCUGCAGGGUCACAAGCAAUGAAGGAAAAAGGUCCGACAACUCUGGCCAUAUGCUUGAUGGUGUUAAUAUUCGUCUUCCUUCUUGAUAUCACUUUCAAAAUCUCCAUAUCAUCAGUAACAUAUUCAAAAAGGACUGAAGAUAAGACUAUCAGCGAACAAAACCUUUCAAAGCAAAGAUCAAAGGUCACUGAGCCAAUCAAAUGUGAUCGUUCUCAUUAUGAGUACGAUGUAUGCUAUCUCAACCGUUCAACUGUCUUGGAUCCAACAACAGCAACAUUAUCUGCAGUGGACCCCACAAAUUCAACCCCACGGCAAUUGGAAAAGAUCCGUCCUUACCCUCGUAAAUGGCAAAAUCAAGUGAUGUCCCUCAUCAGGGAGCUUACCCUCACCACAGCCCCACCCAACACUUCCUGUGCAAUUAUACACCGUAUCCCUGCCUUAGUAUUCAGUGCGGGUGGGUACACUGGAAAUUUUCUGCAUGAUUUUAACGACGGAUUCAUUCCUCUCUUUCUUACUGUCAAUUCACUGCUCCCCAACCAGGAAAUCAUCCUUGUGGAAAUCAUCCUUGUGGUUGUCAACUGCAACGAAGGGUGGCUGCUUAAGUAUGCCAAGCUACUUCAUCGCUUCACCAGCCAUCCAAUCAUCAACCUUGAUGAUGAAACAAUCACACAUUGCUUCCCAUCAGCAACUGUUGGUCUCAUAUCACAUGGUCCCAUGACUGUGAACCCCACAUUACUACCUGGUCCCCACUCAAAGUCCAUCCUAGAUUUCCGUGCACUCCUGGCUACUACAUACAGCCAAAGUCAUGAAUUACCAUCCAAGCAACUCAAAGCUCGGCCACAGCUGGUAAUGGUUAGCCGUGAAAGCAACCGCAGGAUACUAAACCAAGACGAUGUCCAGGAAGCAGCAGAGGACGUGGGGUUUGAUGUGGUUAUUUUUGAGCCAACACAUAAGACCCCUUUGCAUGAAGCUUUUAGGCUCAUUGAUGCUAGCCAUGCAAUGAUGGGGGUGCAUGGUGCAGGACUGACACAUGAGUUGUUCCUCCGUCCUGGGGCAGUGUUCAUGCAGGUGGUACCGAUUGGAUUUGACUGGUUAGCAGAAAUAUGUUUUGGAAAGCUCGCAAUUAGUUUGGGAUUAGAGUAUAUAGAGUAUGACAUUGAAGCACAGGAGAGCAGCCUGAUGGAUAAAUAUGCAAGAGAUAGCUUGGAGUUAAGUAACCCAGGAGCCAUUCUAAAUGGAAAUUGGUCUAAGAUGGGUACAUAUCUGACCCAAGAUGUCAAACUAGACUUAGUCAGGACCAGAAAAUACUUGGAGAAGGCUUAUAAGAAAGCUAGGAAAUUCAUGCUCAGGGAAAGUUUGUAUGUGGAAUGA